AUGUUCUUCUUAAAAGAACUUUCUUUGAAGCUGACGCUUCCUCCUAAAUCCUUUGGUCCGCACAUGAAGAAAAUGCUUCGCAACAAGCUGAUACAAGAUGUUGAAGGUACGUGCACAGGCCAGUUCGGAUAUAUAAUUUGCGUGAUGGAUAGUGUCAAUAUAGAUAUGGGCAAAGGUCGUAUUAUUCCAAAUGAUGGCUCGGCAGAGUUCGAGGUCAAAUACACCGCAAUUGUGUGGCGACCAUUUAAAGGUGAAGUUGUCGAUGGCAUCGUAUCAAACGUUCAGCAACUAGGUGUGUUUGUAGACGUUGGUCCUCUCACAGUAUUUAUUUCUCAUCGUCUACUACCAUCUGAUAUGGAGUUUAACCCAACCGCAAAUCCCCCGUCAUAUGUCUCAGAAGAACAAACAAUAGAAAAGGGCAGCAGGGUACGACUGAAAAUAGUCGGUGUCCGUGCUGAUGUUGGCAAGAUGUUUGCAAUUGGAACAAUCAAGGAGGAUUAUCUCGGUGUGCUAUAA